GUACAGUGAAGUUUUUGAAAAAAAAAAAUUGCACACGUUAAAAAGACGCCCCUUUUUUUUUCUUUUCCAACUCCAGACGCCACGGCCAAGUCAAGAACAAUAAGGAAUGGGUAACUGAAUCCUUCUUUAGCCAAUCAGAGUCGAGUUAAGCAACUUUACUCCAAUUGAACAACUUUUUUUUUAAAUCACACACAGACCCAUUUGUUUAUUUCCCCUUCCCUCAACCUCUCAUCUCAUCUUCACAUCACCUUCAAGCUAAAAACAAAAUCAACAACUCUGGACUUUUGACAUCCUUGAUGAGUAGAUUAUUCAAGCCAACAAGAUUGGAAAAUGUACAAAUGACUUACCUUGGUAAAAUGAAGAUGCCAAUUUUUACUCCUUUUGCAUAAUAUGUAUGUAUCAGUCGUUCUUUUCUAAACUCAGUUCUUUUGGAUCUAAAAUAUAUAUACCGGUGUUAUGCGAAAUAUAGCAAACGACAAUGAUUCUCCAUCCAACAGUGACGAAGAAGGCUCACUGCAAAGCUGGAUCAACUGGUUUUGUUCCUUGUCAGGACAUGAAUUUUAUUUGGAAGUGCCGGAAGAAUUCAUUGAAGACGAAUUCAACUUGACAGGACUGUCAAGUAUGGUUCCUUUUUAUAAUGAAGCGCUGGAAAUGCUGCUGGAUAUCGAUCCUGAAGAUAGUACGAGUGCAGGUGUAGGAAAGCGUGCAGACGUACACCAUGGGCAAGGCCAAGGAGGAGUGUUGGUGAUACCCACCGAAGUGGAGGUUCAUGGCGAACAGCAGCAACAGCAGCAGCAGCAGCAGCAGCAGCAAAAUAGAAUCACACACGAUCCUUCUUCAUCGUCUUCUUCUCGCCUAAUACAAGCUCAAACGGAUCAUCCAACGACGUGGGUAGAUCCCGAUGUCAUCGAACCUUAUGCGAUCAUGCUCUACGGUUUGAUCCAUCAACGAUAUUUGCUGACUCGCAAUGGCUUAAGGAUGAUGGCAGAGCGUUACUCCCUCGAGGAAUUUGGCGUCUGUCCUCGGUAUUACUGCUUUGAAUGCCCUGUCAUUCCAUGCGGGCGUUUUGAUCAGGUAGCCCGCGAAAGUGUCCGCUUAUAUUGCCCAUGCUGUAUGGAUCUUUAUGCAUGUCCCAGCUCAAUUUAUCAGAAUGUGGACGGAGCCCAUUUUGGAACUACUUAUGCUCAUCUCUUAUUUCAAACAUACCCUGAGCUUGUCACCAAGCCUAACCCUCGUAUAUACCAACCACGUAUUUAUGGAUUUAGAAUUAAUGAAUUGUCUCCCGCAGCGCCCAAGAUGCAAUGGUUACGCAUGGUACCCUAUGAGUCGAUGGAGGUCGAUGUGGAUGAAUAUAAUAGGGAGAACAACGACGAGGACGACCGGGAGCAGAGGCUCAACGAGAAUGAGGUAGAGCAUGAGUGUUUACUACAGGGCGAAGAGUUUUAUUCAUCUGCUCAUUGAGCGCGCUAUUCUAUUGUUAGGCGACGCGAGGUCAACAGCAGGAAGAACCCGGACACAUGAGUUUCCCCAUCACAGGAUGGAGCGUUAAAAAUACAAGCAUUAAUAACUUGUUACGAAGAUUUUUCUGACCCU